AUGGCUCCUAUUCCCAACCCUGACACGACUCAGCCAGGCGACUCCCCCAGAACCAACGGAGCCACCAUGAAUGGCAGCGAAUUGCCACGGCAACAGGCACCCUCCCACGACAAUUCCACGAGCCCCUCGAUCCCCAUUGCGAUUGUUGGCAUGGCUUGCCGCUUCAGUGGGAACGUCAGGAAUCCUACCCAGCUGUGGGAACUCUGCGCGAAUGGGAAGAAUGGCUGGUCUCCUAUCCCCGAUUCGCGCUUUGAUGUGAAGUCGCUGUACCAUCCUGAUAAUUCAAAAGCUGGCAGAAGCCAUGUUAUUGAUGGCUACUUCCUGGACGAUGAUGUCGCUUCUUUUGACGCCGCCUUUUUCAAUAUGGCCUCAGAUAUCGCCAGUGGGCUUGACCCUCAAGCCAGAUUGUUGCUCGAGACUGUCUACGAAGCAACAGAAGAUGCUGGCAUCCCUCUGGACAAGCUCGCUGGCACCAAUACAUCGGUCUAUACCGGAACAUUCAACAAAGAUUACCAUGAAAUCCAGACCAAGGAUGCUGUAGUUUUGACCCGCUCUUUUCUCGCUGGCACAGGCACUGCAAUUCUCUCCAACCGCAUCUCGCACUUCUUUGAUUUGCAAGGACCAAGUCUUUCCAUCGACACGGGCUGUUCGUCGGGCCUGGUGGCAGUCCGCCAAGCGUGCCAAAGCAUUCGCACUGGGGAGAGCAACAUUUCAAUUGUCGGUGCUUCUAGUACACUGCUUAGUCAAGAUGCCUUCAUUUCAGCAUCCACUAUUGGUGCCAUCGGUUCCGAAGGCAAAUGCUUCGCUUGGGACAAUCGUGCUGCCGGCUACGGCCGUGGCGAGGGUGUAGCAGCACUCAUCCUCAAACCUCUGGAUGACGCGCUGCUCGCUGGUGACCAAAUAUAUGCCGUCAUCAAGGACAGCGGAGUCAACCAUGACGGGAAGACGACCACAAUUACCUCCCCAUCUGCCGACGCCCAGGUCAACUUGAUUGAACAAUGCUACCCAGCUGGGGAUCCCGUUGAGGCCGAGGCAAUUGCGAGAACCUUUGGAAAAGCUCGCCAGGCAAAUGACAAGACUACAUUUGCGUUGAAAACAGCGUCGAUCCCUCCGAACCUCAACUAUGAGACUCCGAAUUCAAACAUUGACCUUGAUAAGGGCUAUUUGGAGGUGCCGACACGGUUGACGCCAUGGCCGGAAGACAAUGUCCUUCGUGCUUCAAUCAACAACUUUGGUUACGGUGGAACGAACGCUCACGUUAUCUUGGAGCCUGCGCCAUCCCUAACAGCAAUUUAUCACCUGAAUGGACAGUCGACACAUGAAGGAAGUCGAUCGGGUGAUAACUCGCGCGUUUUCGUGGUCAGCGCGAGGGACUCUGCUGCCUGUCGGUCCGUGAUGGACCGUCUUGCUUCUCAUAUUAUUGAGACGUCACCAUCGCCAGACAGCCUUGCUUAUACGCUCAAUGAGCGUCGAUCACUACACCCCUGGGUUGCUGCUGUCCGGGCCACGUCAAUUGAAGACCUGGCUGAACGACUCCGUGAGUCGGAACGCAAGCCCUCAUUUGCGUAUAAAAAGCCACGUUUAGGGUUUGUGUUCAAUGGCCAGGGUGCCCAAUGGCAUGCAAUGGCUAGAGAGCUUCUUACUGUGUACCCUGUUUUUGGCCAUGCCAUCUCUAAUGCUGGAAAGAUCCUGAAGGAAUACGGGGCCUCUUGGUCAUUGAUCGAUGAACUCAAUCGUGAUGAAAACUCGACACGAGUAUCCGAAAUCCAUUUGAGUCAGCCGAUUAGCGUUGCCAUUCAACUCGGCCUCGUCGAUCUGCUCAAGUCCUGGGGCAUCACCCCUUCUGCCAUCACCAGCCAUUUCAGUGGUGAGAUUGCCGCGGCCUAUGCAGUCGGAGCGCUGCCUUUCGAACAGGCACUCGGUGUGGCUUAUUACCGUGGCGAGCUAGCCCGCAAGCAACUCAAAGUGUCCUCCCUUACGGGUGGAAUGCUUGCCGUAGGCAUUGACCAACAGAGUGCUGAGCGACACAUUGCUGAAAUCGCCCCUACCGGCGGUGUCGUCGUGGCCUGUGUCAACAGCCCCAGCAGCGUUACCCUCUCCGGGGACUUGGACACUCUCGACGAGAUUGCUGCUAGGUUCGAAAAAGAGGGAGUAUUCACCAGGAAGCUCAAGGUCCCCAUGGCCUAUCACUCCCACUACAUGAUGCCCAUGGUGGCUGAAUAUACCGAACGACUUGAGGAAUUGCUUGACCUUCCUGUGACGCCGGAAUGGAAUGGCCCCCUGUUUGCAUCGCCGGUAACGGGUGAGGCUGUGACAGCAGUCAAGACAUUCAGGGCCGAACACUGGGUUCAAAAUUUGACCAAGCCGGUUCAAUUCCGUCGGGAAUUUGAGAACAUGUGCUUCAGCUCAUCGGACUCUUCAGCUCACUCUGCUAAUGUUGAUCUUAUUUUAGAGAUCGGGCCUCACAGCACCUUGGCCGGCCCAAUUCGCCAGAUCCAGAAGGAAAAGGAUGUCAAAAUGCCCUAUGUGUCUUGUCUCAGGCGGCCAAUGAAUGCCGUGGAGACAAUGCAAGACCUCGCAUGUGAGCUUUUGUCUCAGGGCUAUCCAGUGGAUCUCAAGUCGGUCAACUCUCCUACUGAGGAUGCUCACCAUACCUUUUUGGCCAAUCUGCCUUCUUAUCCGUGGAAUCAUUCAACUCGCUUUUGGGUGGAGCCAAGGAUUGCCAAAGAACAGCGGUUCAAGAAAUUCCCUCCUCACGAGCUACUAGGCACCCCUCUGAAUGGAUCGAAUGCUCUCACUCCCACUUGGAGAAACUUCCUCCGUCUUUCGGAGAUUGAAUGGCUCCAGGAUCAUCAGAUCGAUGGUACAGUUGUUUUCCCUGGCGCCGGGUACAUUGCCAUGGCUAUUGAGGCCAUACGGCUUAUCACUGAUCGUUCCGAGAGCACAAUUCGGAAGUACCGGCUGCGAGACAUCGACAUUAUGAAUGCAUUGGUGCUUCCCGACUCCGAAAUGGGAGUGGAAGUGCAACUCCAGCUGCGUCGUUGCAGCAACAGAGAGCUUGACCACGAAGGCUGGUAUCAAUUCGAACUCUGCUCUCUGGCGAGUGCCGAUGCACCGUGGAUUGAGCACUGCAGAGGGUAUGUCGCCGUUGAAACUGAGAGCGAGGUCCGAAUCACCGCGCUCAAUGAUGAGCGCGAAUUUUCACGAGAAGAUGCCUUUUUUGCCGACGGUGUUGAUCCAUGCCCUAUCGACAUUGAUUCACUUUUCGCUGGUUUGCGUCAGCGCGGAACCUACCACGGUCCACUCUUCCAGAAUAUCAUUGACAGUCACGCAGCUCGUAACGGAGCAAUUACGAAUUUCGCAAUCUCAGACAUCGCUUGCCAGGAGCAUGAGUAUGUUCUGCAUCCCACUACGCUGGACUCUAUUCUGCAAUCGUCGUUUAGCAGCCUGCCAGAUGAUAUUGGGGAGGACUCCAUGGUUCUUCCUCGUUCGAUUCGCACAAUCGAUGUUCCGAAGAAUUUCAAGAGACAAGGUGGUGAAAGAUUGAGAGCUUUCACUGAGAUGGUCACAGGAGAUCCGCGUGGCUAUUCAUCAGACAUAACGGUCAUGUUUGAUAAUUCUGAUACAACCCGCUCUUUCCUUGAGAUCAAGGAUUUCUUUGGCUCGGCAAUUCCUCGUCGUGUCCAAGAUUCAGACGAGGAGGCGGGCAUCUGCUCCAUCAACUGCUGGGAAUUGGAUAUCCUUCACAACCCUCCCGCCUCUUUCAGAGAAUCCAUGGUCAUUCCAGUGAAAGGACAUGAGAUUGAGCAAGAGAAGAAACUGACCCGGAUAUCCUACAUCUUCAUCCAUGAUGCCGCCGCGGAACUUGAAUCCCAAGAGUCCGAAUCCUGGGAAUGGCACACAAGCGAUUGUGCGAAGAGGAUCCUGGCGGACGAGCUCAGCGCAGGGAAUGCGGCUGGUCGACUCACUGUUCGGAUUGGGGAAAAGCUCGCGAGCAUCAUCCGCGGAGACAUUAUGCCGCUCGAGCUGAUGAUGGAAGGUGAUCUCCUGAAUCAAUUUUACAUGCAGCACGAGGCUCUCAAGACCCGAUGCUACUCGCAUCUCGCUCGCGUUGUGGAGCUAUACGCAGUGAAGAAUCCUGGCGCUAAUAUUUUGGAGAUUGGAGGCGGUACAGGAGGAGCGACGAGUACGAUCCUUGAGGCUUUCGGCAAGAGAGGUGUUGACAACGGUACUAUCCUCGGUCAUUAUACCUUCACAGACAUUUCGCCAGGCUUCUUUGAGGCCGCAAGAGAGAAGUUUGCUCCGUGGGCAAGGAUGAUGGAUUUCAAGAAACUCGACAUUGAAAUUGACCCGCUCGCACAAUCCUUUACUUCUGGCAGCUUCGAUCUCAUUGUGGCGGCCUCUGUGCUUCAUGCGACCAAGAACCUCCAUACGACCAUGAAGCAUGUGCGGAAGAUGCUCAAGCCGGGUGGCACGCUGUUGCUCAUCGAGACUACUGCCGAUCGUCUUGAAGGGCAGCUCAUCUUCGGGACCUUGCCGGGGUGGUGGCUUGGAGAAGAGCCUGAGCGGCAGAAGAGUCCCAAUGCUCCACUCGAGAUGUGGGAUCGCGUCCUGCGGGAUACUGGAUUCACCGGCGUUGACUUUGAAAUCAGCGACUAUGAGGAACCUGAGUUCCAGUCAGCGCGUGUCAUGCUAUCGAGGACUUCCGCAACGGUGCAAGCGCCCAUCUCCAUUGUGGUUGAGGACAAGACGGCGCAGGAGCCCCAGGAGUGGUUGGCAGAGCUAUCCGAGGCAAUUCGAGAGAAGACAGGUGUUUUGCCAAUGCUCGUGGACUUGAGUGACGUUGAUUCAUUCAAAGACACAGUCUGCACCGUUGCGCUUGAAAUGGGAAAUCCAUUUGUACACGGCAUGGAUGCAGACGCCUUCCAAAAGCUCAAGAGCCUUCUCCUUCUCUCUAGUGGCAUGCUCUGGCUCAGCUGUGGUGGCCUUGUUCAUUCCUAG